AUGAAAUAUGAAGACCUCGUUGCUGCUGCACUCGCCGCUUUAAACAAUCAAAAUAGCGCAGCAGAGGGACAUAGAGAUCCCCCCAACCCGAAGCGCAAUUUCGAGAUAGCGGACGAAAGGAAAGCUGGAGCUGUCGACUCGAAAGCCGCUGAUAAACGAGGUAGAAAGAGAAUCAAGAAGGUCGAGCACAGGUUUCCUGUUGAGCCACAAAUUAUUCAGAUCUGUAAAAAGGCAAAAGCCUACGUCAAUCACAGCUAUUGCGAUUUCUCAUCAGUUCCGCCGGAAAUGGAUUACAAGGAUGUGGAGGCAAUUGAGGAGAUGAGCUUCUCUCGCAAAUUGCACGAUAUUUUAUCAAAGAAAGAGUUUCAAGAAUGCAUCAGCUGGCUCCCCCACGGGCGAGCUUUCAAAAAAUUUAUGUUCCCAAGAGCUUGGAACAAACCAAGCUUUCUGCGUCAGCUCUCAAAUUAUGGAUUCAAGCACAUCUUAUCGGGACGAGAUCGCAACAGCUACUACCAUGAGUGCAUGCUACAGGGGAUGCCCCAUUUGACAAAGUAUAUGCCUCCAGUGAGAGAUUCACGGCGUGAAUUACCUCAUCCCGAAAGCGAGCCGGACUUUUACACAAUUAGCAAAAUCUUUCCUCUACCAGAAGAUAAAGCUUGGCUACUGGAAAAGGUACUUGUAGAGAAAACUGUGGCUGCGCAACAAUCACUCACCACAAGCACUUACCUUGCUGACUCGUUGUCAAGUGCUCGCAUUGUGACGGCUCCACAAUUUCCUGCAAACCUUAUUGAUUUUGCCGGGCCAUUCUCAACGUCAACCAGUCUUGUGAAUACAAUUCCGCGUUCAACCUUAAUGAGUACCAAUGAUCCCUUUUUGGCAUUGAAUGAACUCCUUUCUCGGGUUAGGGCUCAAGCGGACAAUUCUACUUCAUCUCAAGUUACUGCAUUGGAAAGUCAAGACAAUGGACGCGGAAAUAGAUAAGGAAUUCUUCCCGCAAUCGUGAUUUGGCUGUUGAACUUACAUUGGCUGUAAGGUUUGACAGUGAACUCCUUUUGUAGCCCUUUCAUAUUUUUGGUUGUUAUGCUUCGUAGCCAACAAUGUUCUGCUUGAUGUUCAUGGCCUGGAAGAGUUUACAUCUAGUCAGAAAACACUUUCAAAAUAGGGACCAUUACGUAAC